UGCGGUUUUAGAUCUGUUGAAUGAUUCGCAGCACUUGUUUCUUACGAUUUGGUUUUACAGCAUACCGCCACCACCAAGCAAUGGAUUGAUACCGAGAUUCUUAUACAUUGCCACUGCUUUUUUUUUAUUCCGCUCCAAAAUUUCCCAUGCAACUCUCGAGCAUUUCAACAGUCCCCGCAAGACGGGCUAUUCGACUUCAAAAACUCCGAAUACGGCGACAAUUUCACUCAGCGCCAUGUCUAGCACAGUCGGCUACGCCUUCAAGGGAGGAAAUUCAGUCCGCCCGACGAUAUUGCGUAGAGAUCAUCCGCAAAUAUGAUGCGCCCUCUCAUACACUAAUGCCGUUUAUACCCUCCUCAGCCCGCGAUGCCUAUCUCGCAAUCCGCGCCCUCAACAUCGACGUCGCCCGUGUCGCCGACACCACAAGUACACCCACCGUAGGCAUGAUGCGCAUGCAGUUCUGGCGAGACACCGUCGCAAAAGCGCUCGAUGGACGACCUCCCAAAGAACCAGUCGCGAUCCUUCUCUCACAAGCCCAAGAGGCACUUCACCACCACUCCGGCGGUCGGGCAAAGCUCAGCAGGAACUGGUUCAACCGCAUCAUCAACACCCGGGAACAGUACCUCGGAAACCCGCCCUACCCCACGCUCUCGUCGCUGGAAACCUACGUGGAGAACACCUACUCAACAAUGAUGUACCUCACUCUUUCCGCACUCCCCCAAGCAUCCAUAACGACCGACCACGUCGCCUCGCACAUCGGCAAAGCCACCGGCAUCGCCGCCGUCCUCCGGGGUAUCCCCCUCAUCGCCUUCCCGCCCACCCAACCCUUCGCAACCAGCAAUUCAAUCACCGGCGCAUCGGGGCCCACGCAAGGCGCCGUCAUGCUUCCCCUAGACGUGAUGGCAGACUCCGGCGUCAGGGAAGAAGACGUCUUCCGCCUCGGGUCCUCUGCCCCUGGCCUCCGCGACGCUGUCUUCGCUGUCGCAACCCGUGCCAACGACCACCUAAUCACAGCGCGGGAGAUGGUGUCCAAGCUACGUUCCGAAGGCACGCUGGGCCAUGAAUUCGAGCAUCAGCACGACGCGGAGCACGAGUACACACCGCAGCAGUUGAACGCUGGGACGGAUGUGCAGCUCGCGGAGGUGGAACAGGCGUUCGGGGUGUUCAUGGCGAGCGUGGCGACGCAGUCGUGGUUGGAUCGGUUGCAGAAGGUUGAUUUCGAUCUUUUCGAUGCAUCACUUAGGAAGGCGGAUUGGACGUUGCCAUGGAAGGCUUAUUGGGCAUAUAGUCGGAGGCACAUAUAACACUCUGCAUGCAAGCUACAACUAUGUAAAAAUAAUGAAACUGGUUCUUUAC